AGCAAUAGUUUAUCGAUUCUUUGGUAUGUCGACAAUCAAUCUCAUCUCACCCCACUUAAUACUCUCCCCGCGCGUCCCUUUGUUUUACUUUUCUCGUCGCCACCAACACCAGACGCGUCUCCUCAUAAAGCCUCCCCACAAUAGUUGGCAACAAAGCUUCCGAAGCUCAUCGGCUAACAUUGAAUCCAGUACACAGUCAACAUGCGUGAGAUUUUGCACAUCCAGACCGGCCAGUGUGGUAACCAAAUUGGUGCCUCUUUCUGGCAGACCAUCUCUGGCGAGCACGGCCUCGAUGGAUCCGGUGUGUACAAUGGUACCAGUGACCUCCAGCUGGAGCGGAUGAACGUUUACUUCAACGAGGCUGCCGGUAACAAGUACGUGCCCCGUGCCGUCCUUGUCGACUUGGAACCCGGUACCAUGGACGCCGUCCGUGCUGGUCCCUUCGGUCAGCUGUUCCGUCCCGACAACUUCGUUUUCGGACAGUCCGGUGCCGGUAACAACUGGGCCAAGGGUCAUUACACCGAGGGAGCCGAGCUCGUCGACCAGGUGUUGGAUGUUGUCCGUCGUGAGGCGGAGGGAUGCGACUGCCUCCAGGGUUUCCAGAUCACCCACUCGCUCGGUGGUGGUACCGGUGCCGGUAUGGGUACUCUUUUGAUCUCCAAGAUCCGUGAGGAGUUCCCCGACCGUAUGAUGGCCACAUUCUCUGUCGUUCCUUCGCCCAAAGUCUCCGACACCGUUGUUGAGCCCUACAACGCCACUCUUUCCGUACAUCAGCUUGUUGAGAACUCCGACGAGACUUUCUGUAUCGAUAACGAGGCUCUGUACGAUAUCUGCAUGAGGACCCUUAAGCUGUCGGCUCCCUCGUACGGUGACCUUAACCACUUGGUCUCGGCCGUCAUGUCGGGUGUCACCACCUGUCUGCGUUUCCCUGGCCAGUUGAACUCCGACUUGCGCAAGUUGGCUGUUAACAUGGUUCCCUUCCCUCGUCUCCAUUUCUUCAUGGUCGGAUUCGCUCCUCUCACCUCCCGGGGCGCCCACUCUUUCCGUGCCGUCACCGUUCCCGAGCUCACCCAGCAAAUGUACGACCCCAAGAACAUGAUGGCUGCCUCGGACUUCCGUAACGGUCGUUACCUCACUUGCUCGGCCAUCUUCCGUGGAAAGGUGUCCAUGAAGGAGGUUGAGGACCAGAUGCGCAACGUCCAGAACAAGAACUCCUCUUACUUCGUCGAGUGGAUCCCCAACAACGUGCAGACCGCUCUCUGCUCGAUCCCUCCCCGUGGAUUGAAGAUGAGCUCCACCUUCGUCGGAAACUCGACCUCCAUCCAGGAGCUGUUCAAGCGUGUCGGAGACCAGUUCUCUGCCAUGUUCAGGCGUAAGGCUUUCUUGCAUUGGUACACCUCUGAGGGUAUGGACGAGAUGGAGUUCACUGAGGCCGAGUCCAACAUGAACGAUCUCGUUUCCGAGUACCAGCAGUACCAGGAUGCCUCCGUCUCUGACGACGAGGGCGAGGAGUACGAGCAGGAGCUCCCCGCUGAGGAGGAGUAGAGGAUUACCUAAUGAUACCAAAAUGUAACAUUUCUGGGGGAUGGGCAAGGAAACGGAUGCUGUUGGCGGGCAAGAGAGUCCUAUUGUUGGGUGUGUUCUUGUAGCUCAAGACGGAACUCAUUCUUUUGUGCACUGGCAUGUGCUUUUCCGGCUAUUCACUUGUGAUGUUUCUUCUGGCUUUUUCUUUCUUUCUCUUCUUUACCACGCAGCGUGAUUGGUUUUUGGUAUUACUCUUUAAAUAAUGCCCAGUUUUUUCUGUCGUGCCAUGUCCUUUUCAUUUAUGGGUUCAGUGCCAAAAGCUUUCGAGCCGCUGUAAAGUAUUAAUGGAUUUAGAUCAUGAAGACGAACACCGAUCGAAGGCUUAUCAAGUCUUUGG